AUGAAAUUAACUGUGGCCCUCCUAUUACUGCUGAAUUUUAUCAGCAUUUAUGCUGAUGAAAUUGCGCAGAAUUUGGAUUUGCCGAGUAAUUCGUAUUAUUUUAAACGGCCAAAACGACAAGAUGUCGUCAGCGGCGAUGCAACGGACUCAUCGACCGUUACAACGGCCACGAAAUACACCGUAUGUAAGUGGACUCUCUAUUCGUUGUAGAGAGUUUUGACCCGCAUUUCUCUUUUUUUCAGCAGCCAGAAUUCUGUCCGAUAUUUGUGUGGUGGAAGAGCUGCCCUCGGGCAAGUUGACGGCGACCAAAAUCUUGUUUUACAUCAGCGCCGGUUGGGUGGUGGCAUGGUGCAUGGGAUGCAUGGUGGUCAACUCGGUUUAUCAGUAAGCUGGGUACAAUGCGGAAUAUACAUGUGUAUAUCAGUCUGUCGGGAAAAUAAUGAGGAUUUGUCGUAUCGAAAAUCGCAUCACCGCCGAGAAAAUUAAUUUUGUCGCGGCAAAAUCAAAUUGCUUUUAACUUCAGCGACGCGAUCGGCGCAGCGAAAUUUUGCUCAUUAUUUUCCCGACAGACUGAAAAAACUCCCAUUUUGCACCGUGCAUUUCACUUUUUUUGGGCUUUCGCACUGUGCAUUUGAAAUAUCGCUUCGACAGAGGCCAUCAAAAGCCCCGACGCGGGUUUCUCUGACGAUUUGCACGGUGCAAACAGCUUUUUCAAGUUUGCACUGUGCGAAAAAAUGAAAAUGCACGGUGCGUUGGCGACAAGCAAGGGAAGAAGUUGAAAUGCACUGUGCGAAAGAGAAAAAAUGUCCAGGCACUUUAUCGGUCUGUCGGGAAAAAAACGGCGGAUCGUCGCGCCUCGGAGUCGCUCAUCAUCGCUUUGCGACUGCAAGCCGCGGCUUGGGGUUUGGUGCGCGAUAGCGGCGAGACAUUUUGCUGCGACGAUCCGCCGUUAUUUUCCCGACAGACUGAUAUGAAACUACUAUCGGUCUGUCGGGAAAAUAAUGUGGAUCUGUCACAGGAAAAUGUCUCUUUUUGUCGCAGCCGCGCUCCAAAUUCCCAGCCGCGGCGAGCCAUCGUAAAGCGAUGAUGCGCUUUCGAGACGCGACGAAUCCACAUUAUUUUCCCGACAGACUGAUAAUACGCAAAAAGAUGGAUAUAUCAGUCUGUCGGGAAAAUAAUGAGCACUCUGUCGCAUCAAAAAUCGCAUCACCGCCGAGAAAAUUUAUUGUACCGCGGCAAAAUCAAAUUGCUUUUCACUUGAGCGACGCGAUUAGCGACAUUACGCUCAUUAUUUUCCCGACAGACUGAUAUCAUUUCUUUUCUCUUGUAGAGUCUAUUCAAUGGAACGACUCUUGGAAACGACGCAAGAGUUCGGUUACAUCUGUUUAUUUGUGUUCAUGGGUGUUUUCGUUUAUCCGCAGGACAGUCAAGGGCUUUGUACGGCGACUGCGAUCAUUAUCAUGUUCUUCAUGGACUUUGUGGCUCUUAUUUUUUUGGUCAAAGAGGUUUUGGCCACAUGGUAAGCAAAAGUCGCCUGCAGUGGCGAACCUGAUCCAGUGGCAAAAAACAUAGCAUUUUGCGUGCGGGAAGUAUAAAAAAUGUGGCAAAACAACUCCCUUUCCAAGUGAAAAGACUCCUAUUUCGAAAAUGGAGUUUUUUAAUUGGAGAAGGAGGCAUUUUGUCACAUUUUUUGAUACUUCUCGGAUGCAAAAUGGCACGUUUUUUGCCACUGGAUCAGGUCUAUAAUCUGCUGAUUCAGCAUGAUUCGCAACUUAAUCAAGCACAUCAACACCUUCCACUGGACCUUGGCCUUCGCUUUUCCCGUUCUGGGGGCUGCUGUCGCCACAAUUGUCGGUUAUUUCACAUGCUCCAACUACUUUGGGAUUCAGCAGCCACAGUAAGCCGUUGCAAAAAGGGGUUUUGUUUACAAAAAAGAGGAUUUUGCUGACAAAAAGAGGGAUUUGCGAGAAAACGAGUAAUUUUUGAUGUUUAGCUGCUUUUGUUACACUCGAACCAAGCAAUUUUGGGCCUUUGUGAUGCCGGUUUGGAUCUCUUUUGUUUUGAUGACCCUGGUGCAACAAUUCGCGUUCACAAUGUGCAAAAUGACCGACCUGGAGGGCAGCAAUCUCGCCCAAAUGUACUGGUCGUUGUAAGUGCGGUCGAAUCGGUGUGAAAUUAACUUCUGUACAACAAAACUUGCCGUUCACCAACAAUGGGGGUGGCAAAAGUCAAAAUGUGGCUCUAGGUCCAUAAAUCGUUUGUGUCCAGAAAACCUGUCAUGAUGACACCUCUGUAAAACGUGCCAGCGGCAAAAAGAACGGCUCUAUGAGGCUUCGAAUACUCUCUAGACCAACUCAAAAAAUUUUGGCUUGUAAAGGCCCUUGGCGUGGGAAAAUCCAAAAAAAUCCAGAAAACCCGUCAUCCACUUUGCAUAUUGCUAAAGGUCGGGCGCUAAUUUUUUUUUUGUUUUUACCCUAGAGACUACUCGCAGCCAUGUACAGUUGUUGUUUUUGCCACUGGCACGUCUUAAACGGAUGUCAUCGUGAUACAUUUUCUGGACGCAUUUUCGAUUUUUAUUGCAUAUUGCUAAAGUUUGGGUCCUAAAUUUUUUUGUGGGUGCUCUAGAGAGCACUCAUAGGCAUAUACAUACGUUGUUUUUACCACUAGAACAUUUUAAAUAAGUGUCAUCGUGACACCUUUUCUGGACGAAUUUUCGAUUUUUAUUGCAAAUGCAAAAGUUUUGAACCUGAACUUUUUUUAGCGACUCUAGAGGGUGCUCCUGCCCAUAUACAUCUAUUUUUUAAACCACUGGCGCAUUUUAAACGGUUCUCAUCAUGACACGUUUUCUAGACACAGAAAGAUUCUAUUUUUACGCCGAUUUCAGCAAGACCUGCAAAUCCAGCACCUUACUGUUUACUUGGUCGGCAGUCGCAAUCUACUCCCUCAUGUUCGCUGUCGACUUGCAAGUGAUGUGGCUGAGUUUCGGCUACUUUCUGGCCAGCCUCAUCUUUGGCCCAAUGUUAUUUGUCUGUCAUACGUACAGUCACGCUAAUGUAAGCAAAAUUGCCCUCAAAUUUAAACAAUUAGACCUGCAUAUCGUUGUAUGCCCAGACGAGUGUCCCGUUCUAUCGGCCAUGUCCACCACCGCCCGCCGCCUACAACGAACAAAUCAACUUUAUGCUCUCGAUUCGCAUGCAAAUCCCCUUGUUCGAGGAUCCGUCGAUCAAGACGGGCGCUGGAAACGCGUCGCCGAACCGAAUGGUCGUCAUUGAGACGCCGCCCAGCAUAAAGGUGAGAAAAAAAAGAAAGGUGUCGCGUUCACGAAGCGAGGCUCAGAUUUUCUCAGAAUUUUGCACACACAUUCUUCAUGGGUCACAUGUCAAGUCCUGAAAAUUUUAACUAGCGCUGUGCAGUAACAGCCGAGAUAUUCAACGGUCUUUGCGGCCGGUGGGAAGUGCGGAAAGCGGUCAGAAUAACAUCUUUUGACCAUAACUUUGCCAAUGUCAUGCGGGAAAAAUUUAUUUUUUGUAAAAAUAUUAUCCUGUAUGGUAGAAAUAAGCAUGAAAUUUUUCAUACCAAAAUUCACAAAAAAUGCCACAUUUUUCGACAACUUUUACCUAACAAUAAGCAGGUAAUACCCAAAUUUUAAAUCACGGUUUCAGAAACGAAAAUCGAGGAAGCGAACAUAUCUCGGAGAGCGAAAUGUCCGUCCAGUUCCACCACCUCCCGUUGUGGAUUGGCAAUGA